CAAUCCAAACAAAACCUCAAAAUCUAUAUAAUAUAAUAACCGCAGAAACUUGAUAACAUAAUCAUUUAGUCUAGCGUACACAACUAAACUUUUUGAAACAUUUCUUCUGAAUUUUAGUUGUCAACACCACCCAUUUUUAAAGCUUUGAAGCAUCAUCAUCGCUGUGUUCUAGUUAGCUUCCAAUAACUAAUGGUACUUUUGACAGAGAAACUUGCAAAACGUUACUUCAACUUCAAGCUGGAGAAUCGCCACCAUGCCAUUACACAUCCUCAACCAGAGGAGUUAUCAUCUUCACUUCUUGCGUUUAAAUCCUAUGUGUCCAAAUCAAUUGACCAAUUAGCAUUGGAUUUGAAACCUGGAUCAGAGACCUUGUCCUUGACAUGGUUUGGAAGGUGUUUUGACCUCUUGCCCUUAAUCAACAAGGCUUUUGCAAAGCUUGUUGCGGAUAUUGACUACCCAAUGAGUAAAUGGGAGAUUUUUUCCAUUGAAGGGUACUACUUGAGCUACACCUUGAGUUUGCUAGAGCUUCUGAAUUCCAUUUCUUCUUGUUUUUCUCAUCUUGGCCAAGCUAGCCUUUCUCUGGUUCAUGGUUUGACCCUAGUGGAGAAUUCACCUUCUUUGGCUACAAAGCCAUAUCUGAAAGCAAUUCAACUUCAACAAGGGUGUUUCAGCACCAACUUUGGUCAAGAUCAUGAUGACGAAAAAAGGGUUUUUUUCUCUGGCAAGGAGUGGAUGGUUCAUGAGGCUGUAAAGGAAAUGAGGAGUAUUGGAUUCUGGGUAUGUGGGGUUAUGUUGUCUUGUUUAUAUGGUGAUGGUAAGCCAUACAUGGAGCUGAGAAAAAUUGCUGGAGGGUUUGAUGGUGGUUCUCUAGUUGCCACGCUUGAUUCCAAAAUCGGUGAACAGUUGAUGAAGCAAAGGCCAAUCUUCAGUGAGAUCAAAGAGGUAAACAAUGCUGUUUCUAACCUUCUUGUUGCUUCUGAUGAAGUGAGACAUGAUGCAGCCAAGGAAUUGCAGACAAAGCUGAGUGUGUUGGAGAAGCUAUCUGAUGAUAUAAGGAAGGAGGUGGAUAAUCUGUUUGCCAAUGUAAUGACUCAGAGAUCCGAAUUAAUUGAUGGCUUUCGGCUACAGAAACAGCCACAAAAAUAAAGUGUCUGACCAUAUAUAUUAUGUAUAGAUCAAUAGUUUUUAAUUGCUUUUGUAUUGUUUAUAAAUUGUAUCCAGUCAUGUAACUAGUAAUACCUAGUCCUAGUGAUUAUUUGCACAAUUAGGAACAUAUAUAAUGAAUAAUAAAAUUAUGGUUCUUCAUAUUUUCAGUUGACAACCUA